GGCUCCUAUGGGGUAGUGAAGCUGGCCUACAACGAGGAUGAUAACACCUACUAUGCAAUGAAGGUUCUCUCCAAAAAGAAGCUGAUGAGACAGGCGGGCUUCCCCCGCCGCCCACCACCCCGUGGGACCAAAGCUGCCUCCGAGGGCUGCCUGCAGCCCAGGGGGCCCAUCGAACAGGUCUACCAGGAGAUUGCCAUACUGAAGAAGCUGGACCACCCCAACGUGGUGAAGCUGGUGGAGGUCCUGGAUGACCCCAGUGAGGACCACCUGUACAUGGUGUUUGAACUGGUGAAGCAAGGCCCCGUGAUGGAAAUCCCAACCCUGAAACCUCUCAGCGAGGACCAGGCUCGGUUCUACUUCCAGGAUCUGAUCAAGGGUAUUGAAUACUUGCACUAUCAGAAGAUAAUCCACCGGGAUAUUAAACCUUCCAACCUGCUUGUGGGGGAGGAUGGGCACAUCAAGAUCGCCGACUUCGGAGUGAGCAACGAGUUCAAGGGAGCUGAUGCCCUCCUGACCAACACCGUGGGCACCCCUGCCUUCAUGGCCCCCGAGACGCUCUCAGAAACCAGGAAAAUCUUCUCUGGAAAGGCUUUGGAUGUCUGGGCCAUGGGGAUCACUCUGUACUGCUUCGUGUUUGGGCAGUGCCCUUUUAUGGAUGAAAGGAUCCUGAGUUUACACAAUAAAAUCAAGACCCAAGCACUGGAGUUCCCAGACCAGCCAGAAGUUACUGACUUCUUGAAGGAUUUAAUUACACGAAUGCUGGAUAAAAAUCCCGAAUCUAGGAUUUCGGUCCCUGAAAUCAAGUUGCACCCUUGGGUCACCAAGAACGGAGUGGAGCUGCUGCCCACGGAGGAUGAGAACUGCACCCUCGUGGAGGUGACAGAGGAGGAGGUGGAGAAUUCGGUCAAGCACAUCCCCAGCCUGGCCACCGUGAUCUUGGUUAAAACGAUGAUCCGGAAGCGCUCCUUUGGGAACCCCUUCGAGGGGAGCAGGAGGGAGGAGCGGUCACUCUCUGCCCCUGGGAACCUGCUGCCGAAACAAGGCAGUGAAGAGAACCUGAAGUGCAACGACUUGCCCAACGUGGGAGAGGAGGAACCUCUUUCAUGA